GAUGAAAUAACAAACCUUGUCAAAGCUGGUUUUGUUCCUUCCUUGAUUUUAAUUGGGUUUUGGGAUGAUGGCCGCUCUUUCUUUCAUCGUUCUCUUAUUUGGAAUCUUUCACUCUGUUUUUCCUUUUCCUGACGAAGGUUGCACUGCAAUUUCCUGCGGACAACAGCGAGAACUUAAUUUCCCUUUCACUAACAAAAUAAGUCCUUAUUGGUGCGGUCCAUUUGUUGUUGAUGGCUGCGAAAGAGAGAUUCAGACGAUUCAACUCUCAAGGGGAUCAGGAAAAUGGUAUGAAAUCAAGAACAUCUCCCAAACCUAUUUCAUAAAUUAUAUUUCAAUCACUGACACAGAGCUGCAAGAAGAUUUGAAUUCCAGGAAUUGCGAAUCCUUCAACUGGAGUUUUCCCCAUCUUCCUUUUGCUUCUUUUCCACUUAUACCAAAUCUAAUAACCUUAUAUAAAUGCGAACCCUCUGUAUCUUCUCCAAAUCCUGAUUUUGAUUUUAGUAAUUAUACAGAAUGUUCCAACUUCACUAUCUUCUACAGCAACAAUGUUACUGCAAGUUCAAGGCCAAGUCGUCCUCAUCCUAUGCCUGAAUGUUCAAUUUUGCAGCUACCACUAAACACUGAAAAUACUCACCAUGAUAACAUAUUCAAAAUGUUAAGUGCUAACUUCUUUCUUCAGGCGAAUAUAGACCAUGAAUGUUAUUGGUGUGUAUUAGAAGGAGGCAACUGUGUGCACAACCAUAAUGGAGAAUUCGAGUGUACUGGUUUUUCUGGACCAAACAUUGAUUCAGAGUCAGAAGCCAAAAAGAAAAAAGGGUUGGGAUUCAAGCUAGGACUAGGUUUGGGAUUCACUGCUAUCCUGAUAAUGUUGGUGCUGAUUUUUUUGUUCCGGCAUCGUUAUUAUAGAAAAGAUACUUCCUCAAACUUACUCCUUGCAAACUAUUCUUCUCACCUGUCCUCAAAAUCUGACUUGGAAAAGAGUAAUCUCUACUUUGGUGUCUCCAUCUUCACCUACACUGAACUCGAAGAAGCUACCAACAACUUUGCAUCAGAAAAUGAACUUGGAGAUGGAGGUUUCGGAACUGUAUACUAUGGAAAACUUGUGGAUGGGCGUGAAGUUGCAGUCAAGCGCCUAUAUGAGAGAAAGAACAGAAGUGUUCAGCAAUUCCAGAAUGAAAUAGAAAUCUUGACACGGCUGCACCAUAAAAAUCUUGUAUCCCUUUAUGGGUGCACUUCACGCCACAGCCGCGAACUCGUACUUGUUUACGAAUACAUCUCUAAUGGCACAGUCUCCGAUCAUCUCCAUGGUGAUCAAGCCAAAUCUAGUCCUCUCAAUUGGACUGUCCGAAUGAGAAUUGCCAUCGAAACAGCAAGUGCAUUGGUUUACCUUCAUGCUUCUGAUGUCAUUCAUCGAGAUGUUAAGACCAACAACAUUCUUCUUGACAACAAUUUAUGUGUCAAAGUUGCUGAUUUUGGACUUUCCAGGUUGUUUCCCAAUGAUGUUACUCAUGUUUCAACUGCUCCGCAAGGGACGCCAGGCUACGUUGAUCCUGCAUAUCACCUCUGUUAUCAGCUUACUAAUAAAAGUGAUGUUUAUAGCUUCGGAGUUGUGUUGAUUGAGUUACUAUCAUCAAUGCCGGCUGUUGAUAUUAGUAGGCAUCAACUGGAGAUUAAUCUGGCUAACUUGGCAAUAACCAAGAUUCAGCAAGGUGCAUUCGAUGAGUUGAUUGACAAAUCUUUUGGGUGUAAUUCGAAUGAAAAAGUUAAAAGAAUGACUAUUUUGGUAGCGGAGCUAGCAUUUCGAUGUUUGCAACUAGACAAGGAAAUGAGACCUACAAUGGAUGAGGUUUUAGAGGAAUUAAAGAGAAUUCAAAGCAUUGAAGAGGUAGUAAAAGAUGAUGAUCAUAAAACAUUGAGGAAUGUUCUGCCACCACCUUCACCACCAGCAGAUUCUGAUGAUGAAUCCCCGUUGAAGAAUAUUCUAUUCUCUCCAUCGCCAGAUACUGUAACUGCUAAAUGGACUAGUAGUUGUUCCACUAGACCUUGUAUUAGUGGUUAAGCGUUUGUGUUUAGUUUAAAAUGCGGAGAUAUCAAAACAUUACAAAUUACAGAAAAUUUUAAAGAACUGGUUUGGCAUAUGGAUGCGACCAUAGAUCAAGUAGUCAAGUUAGUUUUAUUUACUUUUGCGUUUCCAUCGUAUAUUUUUCUUGCAAUUAUCCACUAUUUUUAUAUUUAUUUUUACUUUGCUAAAUUAAAUUGAUAUUUAUUAUAUAUUUUUUAUAACUCAAGACUUUUUUGUGUAAAUCACCAGUAUUCAGACCAUUUUGCUAAAGACCGCCUAAUUCGGCUCGGGGUUUAGAUACAAUUAAGACUCUUCACCCUUCCCGCAGGUAUGUACAGUGGAAAUCGAACUCGAGAACUCUUCUCACAUGCCUAAUAUGUAUUCCCAACAACCGGUAUGUUAUCACUCAAGACUUUUUAAAACUAAUAAUUAUGAUCUGUGUAAAAUAUUAUUAUUUAAAUUAUUGCUGUAUUUGGGUCUAAUCCAUCUGAUGUUCUUGCCAAGGCUUUCCAGGUUGACAAGUCUGUAAUUAGACAACUUCAAGCUGAAUUCUAGAUAAAGAAUCCACAAGAAGAUCAUCUCUUUGUUUAUAAUAUUUAUUAUAAAAUUGUUAUAGUAUUUUGUUUAUGUUUACUUGUUUAAGGAUUGUAUGAUUUAGUGAAGCAAUGAUAAAAGUUUUAUAGUCUAGAUUAUUAUCUCUCUCUUGUAGGAAAUUAAAUGGUAACUAGCAGAAGGAUCACCUAUUUAGUACUGCCUCAUUCACUGUUUUUGCGUCUUAAAAUUAGCUGAAUUUUAAAAUCUGAGGUCCAAUCUGAUAGAGAUAUACUAUUAACUAUGCAUAUGUAAUAGUAUAGCUAUGAAUGAUUUUCUAUUGACAAUUAUUUCGUUGUAUUUAAUUGGAAAUUUGCAUUAAAUAAAUGUUAUUAGCAUAUGAACAAUAAUUGUGAUUAG